AUGGAUAAUGAAAAUAGAACACCCGUUAUAUUAGAUGGAACAUUUUUUGAAGUUGUAAUUGUUAAGAACGAAAUUGUAAAAGCAAUAUGUAUGAUAUGUAAGGAACAGAAGAAUGAAAAAAAAACAAUAUCUGGUUCUUUUAAACACACUUCUAAUUUCCGUACUCAUAUGAAGAGGGUUCAUUUUACUAAAUUUGAAGAAUUUGAAAAUUAUGUGAAGUCAAAGACGAAUACUCAAAAGAAAAAUAAUAAAAGUAUGACAAAUUCUAGACAAUUAAAAGUAAACAAUUUAUUCCUAUCUAACAUUGGAGGAUUAAAGCAAACCCAAUACGAAAACAAUUUGGUUAAUUUUAUUGUUAACAAUAUGAAACCCAUAUCCAUAACUGAAAAUAAAGAUUUUCAAAAACUUAUUUUGGAUUUAGAUCCAAAUAUAAAAAUGAUAUCUAGGAGAACAUUAAAAAUUUUUUUUUCAAACACAUUGUGUCAUUGUGAAGUCCGUGUUUGUACAACUGCUGACAUUUGGUCGACGAAACAUCGCAGUUUUAUAGGCAUUACAGCUCACUGGAUCGAUGACAAAACAUUAGGCCGUCAUAGUUGUGUUCUAGCUUGCCAACGUUUUUUUGGUGCACAUACAUUUGAUAAAAUUGGAGAAAUUAUGGUAGAUAUAUUUAGCAAAUUUAAUUUAAGUAAUGAUAACAUAGUUUCUACAGUAACGGAUAAUGGGUCCAACUUUGUAAAAGCAUUCAAGGAGUUUGGUUGUAAAAUACAAUUAAGACAUCAAACAAUGAUUCAGACACAGACUCCGAUGGAGGUAUAUUAUACAUAA